AUGAUUGAAGGAAUGAGAACGGACCUUAAGAGUCAAGAUAUAAAACCUUUGAUGAACUAUACCGUCUAUUGUUAUAUGUUGCGGGACGGUCGGUUUGAUGAUGUGUUCCGGUUAUGGGCAUUGCACCUGAAUCACAGGCAACAACAGGAGAGUGUCUAUAAUGCUGCCUUGGCAUUAGGGAUUGCUAACCAGCUCACCAACAUACUCCGGACGUUGGAGAGGAAAAGAGAAGGGUUUAUCUACCACAAGAUGAGUUGGCCAAGCAGGGCUUUUCUGAUGAAGACUACUAGCUGGAAAGGUGACAGAAAAUGGAGAAACUUCAUGAAGAACCAAUUAAGAGAGCAAGGAUGUUCUUUGAUGCGGCAGAGAAACGUGACAGAGCUGAGUAUGGGCAUCGUUGCUGUUGUAUCGUAA